AUGGCGGUGGACGUGGUGGUGGGGUCGCUUUACAAACUGCUGCUCCCUCUGCUGCUGCUCACAGCGAUCUCCUUCAGGUACAACGGCCUGUCUGUGGUCUAUCUCCUCUUCCUCCUCAUCCUCCCUCUGCUGCCAGAACUGUCUGUGUCCUCCAUGAAGGGCAAAACAGGGAAGUUUCUGCUGCUGAUCUGCUGCACGAGCGUCAUGUUCCUGUCCUUACAGUGCGGCUUGCAGAUCACCUACGCCUACGUGCCCGUGCACGUGAGUGGCUUCUGGGAGGACUUCUUCUACUGUUUGGGGAUCGUGAGAUUCAGUGCGGUGGACGCGGGGAACAUUGCCCGGCUGCUGGCCCCGGACCUGGGGCUCUUCCUGUCCUCUCUGUUCAUCUACCGGCUCUGCGGCAGGCUGCUGCGGCCACAGCCCCAGAAUGCACCACCACACGAGAACUGCACCCUGACCUCUGACCCCGAGGAGGCCCUGCAGCAGUUGGACUCUGACUCAGACGCAGACAGUGAGGGCUCAGGCUCAUCCUACAGCUCGUAUGAGACCAGCGCCACGCUCCACGAGCCCCCGCGCCUCGUGCAGAAGCUGAUGGUGUUUUCCGCGGGACUGCGUCUCCUAUUGGCCACGGUCCUCAACACUGCCGGCAAAGUGGUCAUCACCGUCCUGCUGGGCCUCGCAGGCAUCUCCCUGCCCUCUCUCACCUCAGCGCUGUAUUUCGGGACGUUCCUGGGCCUGGUCUGGUGGUGGGUGUGUGGCCGCACUAUCAGCCUGCUCCUCUUCAGCACCCUGUGUGUGCUCAUGGCCAUUUUCAGCGCUGGGCACAUCCUGCUGCUCUAUCUGUACCAGCUGCCCCUCGCUCAGGAGCUGGUGCCCCCACAGGACGUCUACGCCAGGCUCUUCGGAAUGACGGCGUUCAUCCGGACGAACCGCUCGGAUCCGCACCAGCUGGGCCUGCAUGCGGACGCGUCCUGGCCCGUGUUCGUGAGCCCCCUGGUGGUGCUGACCCUGUACUACACGCUGGUGGCCAUGCUGCACAAGUGGGUCCAUGUAGUGGAGGAGGACACACCCCGCCUCUCCGACGCACCCCCGGGUCUUGGGGGGGUGCUGUGGCUCUCGGGGGAGAAGACGCAGCUGCUAGCCAGUAUGGAGGAGGACGACAUGGGCUUUUCAAACGAGCCUGUGGUGAUGCUGUUAAGCAGAUCAAGGCAGGACCCCAGGGAACAGGAAGUGAUGUCAGCCAUGGACAGGAUGUCAGCAUACCCCGACUGCUACUCCCUGCCGGUCUACGGAAGCCAAGCGUCUCAGACGCACGAUUCGCGGGAGGAGAAGGUGUUGGGGGAGGGGCUCACGGCCAGCGCCACAGAGACCGGGCCGGACCCAGCGGGGCCCAGUGGACUGGUUCUGUUCGGACAGCUGGUGAUGAAGCACAGCUACAUCAGCGCCCUCAUCGUCAUGAUGAUCUGGAGCAUCACGUAUAACAGCUGGCUGACCUUUGCCCUGCUGGUGUGGUCGUGUGUGAUCUGGAUCAUGCGGGACCGGCGUCGGUACGCCAUGCUCAGCGCCCCCGUGCUGUCGGUGUAUGGUACUGCGCUGGUGCUGAGCGCCUUCAUCAGCAGCCUGCGUCUCAGCCGGCACGAGCUCUACCCCCGCCUGCCGCCCGCCGCGCUCAACGACCUGGACCUGCGGAGCUCCCACGCGCCCUGCCUGCACCUGGGGGCAAAGGUUACCUACGCAUUCAGCUUCUGGUUGCUACAGCGACAGAACCUGAAGGAGAAAAGGGAAGCGCAGAUGCUGAAACAGGAAGCACUAGAAGAGGUCAAAGUUCAGCCAUCAGAGGAGAGCGAGGCCUCCCCCCUGAUGACGGUGUUGGGCGCCCUGGUCAAAGGCACGCUGGUGAAGUACUGGAUCCUCUUCUGCUGCGCCAUGUUCUUCGUGGUCAGCUUCUCGGGGAAGGUCAUGGUCUACAAGAUCCUCUACAUCAUCCUCUUCCUCCUCUGCCUCGUCCUCUAUCAGGUCCGUUACGAUGUGUGGAGGAGGGUGCUGAAGUACUUCUGGGCCGUGGUGGUGGGGUACUCCAUGCUGGUCCUCAUCUUCAUCUACAUGUACCAGUUCAACAGCGUCUCCGGAAUGUUCCAGCAGAUCAUCGGCAUGUCGGAGGAGGGCUUGCGGGACCUGGGGCUGGAGCAGUACGACACGGUGGAGCUGUUUGCACGGAUCCUGCUGCCCGCCGCCUUCCUGCUGGCCUGCAUCCUGCAGCUGCACUACUUCAACACCGACUUCCUGGAGCUCACCGACCUGGACAACAUACCUGUGCGCCAGGGGGGGUCCAGUGAGGAGGACCUGAGGACCUCAAUGAAGGUGAUCUCUGAAAUCAUUAAAGAAAAUGUUGAAAAACUUCAGAAACGGUUGCAAAAGGAGCAGUUAGGAGCUGACAGCAUGGACACUCUGAACAGUGUAUCAACCUCUGAAGAAAAGGAUCCUGGGAAAUCUGAAGAAAAGCAGCCUAUUGAGGGGCCGGUGAGCCCCUGGGGGCAGGUGGUGGAGAGGGCCUGCCUGCUGCUGCUCCAGGCCCUGCUGCUGCUGCGGAGGCUGCAGGAGCUCUGCUGGAGGGUCCUGGAGAUCCACAGCCUGAAGAUCAUCUCCAGCGUCAUCGUCUGGGUGUCCCUGCGCGAGGUGUCCCUGAUGAACUCCCUGUUCCUGGGGCUCUGGGCGUUCGCCCUGCCCGUCGCCCGGCUCCGCCCCCUGGCCUCCAGCGCCUCCUCGGUGUGGGCGUGCGUGAUGGUCGUCUGCAAGAUGAUGUACCAGCUGAAGGUGAUCAAACCCGAGGAAUACUCCUCCAACUGCACCGAGCGCCUCCUAUCUGUAAACGGGACAGCGCCCCCUAGAGGGAACAUGGAGGAGCUGCUGAGGAAGUCUCUCCUCUACUCAGAGCCUGUGGACCCAGCCGUGUGGUGCGGGGCGCUACGCAAGUGUGAGGACAGCAUCCUACCCUGCCUGAGGAACCACCUGGCGGUUCUGGGUCUGUUGGUGUUCGAGGUGACGGUGCACAGACACCAGCUGUACUACCGGCGCCGGAACGGGCUGAAGACCCCGCUGAUCAGCACCAUCUUCCACAGCACCACCCGCCAGCACCUGGACCUGGGCCUGCUGCCCUGCAUCAAGUACUUCUGCAACUACUUCUUCUACAAGUUCGGCCUGGAGAUGUGCUUGGUGGUGGCGGUGAAUGUGAUUGGCCAGCGGAUGGACGUGUACGCCCUGCUGCACUCCUGCGCCCUGAUCGCCGUCAUCUCCCGUCGCCGCAGGAAGUCCAUCGGUGAGGUGUGGCCCAAAUACUGCAUCUUCACCGCCAGCCUGAUGGUGUUCCAGUACCUUCUCUGCAUCGGAGUCCCACCUGCUCUGUGCCACGACUAUCCGUGGAGAGCGUCCAGCCAGCCCCUCACCUCUAACCUCAUUAAGUGGCUCUACCUGCCUGACUUUGCCAUGAGGCCCAACCCCAUCUUCAUCAUCUACGACCACUUCCUGCUGCUGUGCUGCUCUCUGCAGUGGCAGGUGUUCCAGGACGAGAACCGUGCGGCCGUGCGCGUGCUCGCCGGCGACAACGUGGAGAUCAGCCGGACCCUGGACUGCGGCAGCCUCAGCCAGUUCAUCCCCGUCAACAACUUCCUGCACUGCAGGUCUUACCUGGACAUGGUGAAGGUGUUUGUGUUCAGCUACCUGUUCUGGCUGGUGCUGUGUCUGAUCUUCAUCACGGGGACCACGCGCAUCAACGUCUUCUGCAUGGGCUACCUGGUGGCCUGCUUCUACUUCAUGCUGUCGGGCGGGAACCUGCUGAUGCAGCCCGUGUGCUACGUCCUGCGCCUCUGGGACUGGCUGAUCGCCUACACCUGCGUCGUCAUCGCCCUGAAGAACCUGCUGUCUCUGGGAUCCUGUGCGUAUCUUGACAGCCUGUUGAAGAACGGCUGCUGGUUGAUACAGACUUUCAGCAUGUUUUGCACUAUCAAAGGAUAUGAUCUCCCGCCCCCCAAUGACAAGUGUGAGCUGCCCAUGGGCGAGGCGGGGAUCGUCUGGGACGCCAUCUGCUUCACCUUCCUCCUGGCGCAGCGCAGAGUCUUCCUCAGCUACUACUUCCUCUACGUGGUGUCGGACCUCAAAGCCGCCAAGAUCCUAGCCUCCAGAGGUGCGGAGCUGUUUGAAGCCAAACUGAAGAAGAGUGUGUCAGCCCGGCUGGAGAUGGAGAAGAAGUCCGUGGAGACCCUGAAGAAGCAGAUGGAGAAAAUUAAGUCCAAAGAGAAGAAUCUUCCGGGAAAAGGAGGCCAGGCCACGCUGAAAGAUGCAGAGCUGAAAGGUGAGGGCGAGGCUCAGGAGGGCGGUGAGAAGCAGUGGUGGAGGCCGUGGGUGUCCCAGCCUUCCACAGAGACCAGCGACGAGUAUUACCUGUUCGAGAGCGACAGCGAGGAAGAGGAGGAGGAACCUCAGGAGAAGGAGGACCAAGCCCCGCCCCCCAAAAAAUCUGCAUUUCAGCUGGCGUAUGAGGCCUGGAGCUCCGGCUCCAAAGCUGCACUGAAAGAGCACAAGAAGGAGGAGUCGGCCCUGAAGAAAGAGGAGGAGAAGAGAGCCAAGCAGGAGCGACAGACUGAGCAGGGGAUGGAUCAGGCUGAAUCCAGCGAGGAUGAGCUGGAUCUGACCAGUCCUGAGGAGGAGCAGGAGGUGGAGAGAGAACACAUCCUGCACCGCUGUGUGGACACGGUGCGGUUCGGCUGGGUGUUCCUGCUCUCCCUGCUGGAGGAUCUGACGGACGGGCUGAACUCCUUCUGCAAGGACAGCCUGGCCAUCUCCAGGGUGCUGCGCUGUGAACGGGCCCUGCUGGGCCAGCAGCAGAGCAAGGGGAAGGAGGUGUCCCAGCAAAGCAUCAAGGAGUUCUACCAGAGCCGCAUGAACACGCUGACCUCCCCCGAUGGCCUGGAGCAGGGGGAGGAGCUCCCUCUCGGCCCGUCCCCUUCCUCCCCCCCGGCCGUGCCCGUCUCUGGGCGGGGCUACAGGAAGCUGACCACCAAGCUGUCCUGGGGAAGCAGCGUGUCCAGCUGCUUGACGGAUGAGACCAUGCUGGGGUCCCGCCAGCCCACUCAGGAGGAGCUGGACGACCCCCCCCUCCCCCCAGCCCCUGCACCCCCCGCCCCAUUCCGCCGCAAACUCCUCAAAUCCGCCAACUUCGACCUGCCCGACAGCAGCCAGAGUCCUGCUCAGGGAGACCAGACAGAGACCAUCCCAGACUGCGAGGAAAUAGAGGUGGAGCCUGCACAGGUGGAGGUGACAGGGGAGACUGUCGGACAGGUGGAGGUGACAGGGGAGACUCUCGGACAGGUGGAGGUGACAGGGGAGACUCUCGGACAGGUGGAGGUGACAGGGGAGACUCUCGGACAGGUGGAAGUGAUGGAGGAGACUCUUGGACAGGUGGAGGUGACAGGGGAGACUCUCGGACAGGUGGAGGGGGUGGAGGAGACCCUCAGACAGGUGGAGGUGACAGGGGAGACUCUCGGACAGGUGGAGGUGACAGGGGAGACUCUCGGACAGGUGGAGGUGAUGGAGGAGGAUCUCGGAGCCGACCUCCAGGGCCUCACAACCCUGCAGCAGCAGGAGAGCGAGGAGAUGAGGGACCUCCCCUCCCCACGGCCCCUGAGUCCAGAGAUGAGGGCCCUGACCGCCAGCGAGCUGCUGCUCAACAAAAUGUUUGAUAAUGAGGAGAUGGAGGAGUCGGACCGGUUCUACCUGUCGCUGCCAAGGCACCUGCGGCUGGUGUUUGCGCUCUACAACACCAUGGUGUCCCGGUCGGAGAUGCUGUGCUACUUCGUCAUCAUCCUCAACCACAUGGUGUCUGCAGCGCUGCUGUCCCUGGUGCUGCCCAUCCUCAUCUUCCUCUGGGCCAUGAUGUCCGUCCCACGGCCCACCAAGCGCUUCUGGAUGACCGCUAUCAUCUACACUGAGCUGACCGUGGUGGUGAAGUACUGCUUCCAGUUUGGCUUCUUCCCGUGGACCACCUCCGCCUACCGCGGCAUCAACGCGGACCGCCCCUUCGCCCUGCCCAACAUCGUGGGCGUGGAGAAGAAGGACGGCUACGUGCUGUUCGACCUCCUGCAGCUGCUGGCCCUCUUCUUCCACCGCUCCAUCCUGAAGUGCCACGGCCUGUGGGACAACAAGGAGGUGGAGAUGCCCGACUUCUUCAAGAAGCUGAAGAGGAAGACGCAGAGGAAGAGGACGGGGGGCGGGGGCGGGGGCGGGGGGGAGCGGGCGCGCGGGGGGGAGCCCACACGGAGGCUCCGGUUCCUCCCGCUGCAGACCUCCACCGCCUCCCUGUUCCGCCGGGCCAACAGCUCCGACAGCAAGGGGCACGUGGAGGUGAAGAAGCGGCGUUCUCACAGGAGCAGACGGGCGUCCUCGGGGCCUCAGACGCGCACUGAGCGGCUGAAGCAGAGAGUGAGGGAGAGGAUGCUGGAGCUGAAGGCCGGGGUCAUAGAGAUCGGCCUCCACAUAUACCUACCCAUCAGGCAGUUCUUCUAUGACAUCAUCCACCCCGAGUACAGCCCUGUGUGUGACGUCUAUGCGCUCAUGUUCCUGGUCGAUGUCGUCAACUUCAUCGUCAUCAUAUUUGGGUACUGGGCCUUCGGAAAGCACAGCGCGGCGGCGGACAUCACGGAGUCGCUGUCGGAGGACCAGGUCCCCGAGGCCUUCCUGGUCAUGCUGCUCAUCCAGUUCGGCACCAUGGUGGUGGACCGGGCGCUGUACCUGCGCAAGACCCUGCUGGGGAAGUGCGUCUUCCAGGUCGUCCUGGUGUUCGGGAUCCACUUCUGGAUGUUCUUCAUACUUCCUGGGGUCACAGAGAGGAGGUUCAACAGGAACCAGGUGGCCCAGCUCUGGUACUUCGUGAAGUGCAUCUACUUCGGCCUCUCGGCCUACCAGAUCAAGUGCGGCUACCCCAACCGAGUCCUGGGGAACUUCCUCACCAAGAACUACAACUACCUCAACCUCUUCCUGUUCCAAGGGUUCCGGAUGGUGCCCUUCCUGACGGAGCUGCGAGCCGUGAUGGACUGGGUCUGGACCGACACCACGCUCAGCCUGUCCAGCUGGAUCUGUGUGGAGGACAUCUACGCCAACAUCUUCAUCCUCAAGUGCUGGAGAGAGUCCGAGAAGAAAUACCCCCAUCCCCCGGGGCAGAAGAAGAAGAAGGUGGUGAAGUAUGGCAUGGGGGGCAUCAUCAUCUUCGGUCUCAUCUGCCUGGUGUGGUUCCCGCUCCUCUUCAUGUCAUUGGUCAAGUCUGUGGCCGGAGUGACCAAUCAGCCGCUGGACGUCUCCAUACAGCUGAGCAUCGCAGGAUAUGAGCCUCUCUUCAGCAUGAGCGCGCAGGAGCAGAACCUGAUGCUCUUCUCUGAAUCUGCCUACAGAAGCAUGACCAAUCGCUACGCCAGACAUGCGUCAGCGAUGCAGUUCAUCGUGAACUACGUGGCGGAGGACAUCGUUGUGGCGCGUGUGAAGAGCGACUCCAGCCUGCUGUGGAGCAUCAGCCCGGCCAGCCGAGACGCCAUGAUCCAGGAGCUCCACAACUCCUCCCACAUCUACAUCACCCUGCGCUGGGCCCUGCUCAGGAACGCGUCUCUGGUGAUGAAUGUGGAGACCGUGGGGGAGCACACAGUGAAGUAUGAGGACAAGAAGCUGAAGGACGAGAUCGUGCAGAUGCUGCAGGGAACACGCAGCGAGCCAGUGAUCAUCGAGUCCCUGCUGCCCAAGUACAUCCGGGGGUCCGCCAAAGCAGAGUCCAAGAUCGCCCACCGGCUGAAAGUCGGCAAGUCACCUCACUCCCGCAGGCUGGGACUGGCCCUGUUCCGCCCGCUCUCCCUGCGGCUGCGCCAGGCCAACGUGAGCGGGGCGGGCCUGGGGGGGGACCAGGCCCUGGUGCCCCAGUGGUGGGUGGUGGAGGAGUGCCCCGUCGGACAGCCCCGGGGCCCCUGCCAAAGCAUCGAGAUGGUGGUGUUCAACGACAAGGUCAGCCCGUCCAGCCUGGGCUUCCUGGCUGGAUACGGCAUCGUGGGGCUGUACAUGUCUGUGGUGCUGGUGAUCGGGAAGUUUGUGCGGGAGUUCUUCAACGGGAUCUCGCGCUCCAUCAUGUUCGAGGACCUGCCGUGCGUGGACCGCGUGCUGAAGCUCUGCACGGACAUCUUCGUGGUGCGCGAGACGGGCGAGAUGGAGCUGGAGGAGCAGCUCUUCGCCAAGCUCAUCUUCCUCUACCGCUCGCCCGAGACCAUGAUCAAAAUGACCCGCGAGAAGAAGACGGACUGACCCCUGCUGGACGGGAGGACCACAGCGCACCAGACCCACAUCCCGCAGAACGGCUCUGUAAACGGAUGCAAUGCCCCUGUACACUGACCCGACUAAUGCGUCCGUUAUCGCACAGAAGAGAGGGUCACACUACCCCAGGACAGAGAGAGAGGGGGGGGGGGGGGCAUGUCCCUGUUACAUGGUCACAGGCUGACCAGAACAUCAAGGUUACAGAAACAUGAGUAUUAGUGUUUCCUGACCUUGACUCCUUUGGAUCUGAUUGGCCGCCCCCACUUUCUAGCCCCUCCCCCACUCCAGACUGUGGAAUACAGGAAGUGAAUAGGAAGUCCGACCUGCAUGCAGAUCAAAGGGAACAGCCACACAGACUCCAAACCCCUCCACAUAAACGGUCGUGAAGCGUUCCACAAUGCCCGCUGGGCUUGCACCGGAAGACGACCCAAAUUCUACAGCAUGCUCCUCUUUUUACAUCUUUUUUUUUAGUUUUUAAAUACACUCCUUUCAAAAGCCAUGUUGAUAGUACACUGAUCAAAAGCACAACUUCAGGACUAAAACUAAAAAAAACUGUAGUGUGUGAAAAUGUAUUUUCUUCUCUGAAAGGUCUAAUCCUGUAUCCCUCAUAGGUUCUCUUAUUGUGUGAUUUUACUGUAUUUAUCGGAUCAAUGGUAACAAAAUGGCGGUGACAGAUUUGACAGACUGUGGCCUUUGUUGAAGAUCACAGAGCAGGAUCUCAGGAGCCUGCAGCUAAUUUCAUAAUGUAACAUGUAAAUUAACAGCAUAAUUAAUAUUCAAUAUUUCAAUUAUUCAAACUAAAGUU